GCAGGGCGGAGCGUAGUCCGAGUGGGCGAUCUAGGUUUCAGCCUAGCGUCGCUGUGCUUGCGGGGCUGAGGUCGUCUUAGGCGAGGCAGUCGCCCCGGAAGUAGCUCUGGCUGUGGCCAGUGGGUGUUUUAAGGACCCUGCGGCCGAGUUGUUGUUGUCAAGGGGUUGCGGCAUCACCCCGCUCCCUCCACCUUCCCUGCUGCAGCCAUGGCGAAAGGCAGAGUUGCCGAACGAUCGCAGACGGGGGCACUCCAUACGACCCCUGCGGGGGAGAAGGCAGCCGGGACUCGGGGUCCCACGGCACCGGGCAGGGGAGACCACCUGAAGGAAAAAGCCUGUGCAGAAGCUGGGUCAGCAAGAAUGUCACUUCUUAUAUUGGUGUCCAUUUUCUUAUCUGCAGCUUUUGUUAUGUUUUUGGUAUAUCAAAAUUUUCCUCAGCUUAGUGAAGAAGAAAGAGUGAAUAUGAAGGUUCCCAGAGAUAUGGAUGAUGCCAAGGCUCUAGGAAAAGUUUUAUCCAAAUAUAAGGACACCUUUUAUGUACAAGUACUUGUAGCUUAUUUUGCUACAUAUAUUUUCUUGCAAACAUUUGCUAUUCCAGGCUCUAUAUUUCUCAGUAUACUCUCAGGGUUUCUUUAUCCCUUUCCACUAGCCUUAUUUCUUGUUUGUUUGUGUUCUGGACUCGGUGCCUCAUUCUGCUAUAUGCUCUCCUAUUUAGUUGGGAGGCCAGUUGUAUACAAAUACCUAACAGAGAAAGCAGUAAAAUGGUCACAGCAGGUUGAACGUCAUAGGGAACAUCUCAUUAACUACAUUAUAUUUUUGAGAAUAACACCGUUUCUGCCUAAUUGGUUUAUUAAUAUUACAUCUCCUGUGAUAAACGUGCCGUUGAAAGUCUUUUUUAUUGGCACUUUUCUAGGUGUCGCACCUCCCUCUUUUGUAGCAAUUAAGGCGGGAACAACACUGUACCAGCUCACAACAGCAGGGGAGGCUGUUUCCUGGAACUCAGUAUUUGUUCUCAUGAUUUUGGCUCUGCUUUCUAUUCUGCCAGCCAUCUUCCAGAAAAAACUAAAGCAGAAAUUUGAGUGAAAAAUCAUCUGGGUUUUAGAUUUCCUAUCAUCAUCAUCAUCUCAGGACUGGCAGGUUUAUGUGUUAAAAUCACCUCUGUAAUUGAAACAAGGAAUUUGUAAAAUAAAGUUUACUAUCAUACAGUUAAAAUAAUAUAUUUAAGUGGGAAGGGAGAGAAGAAAGCAAAAAUGGAAGUAGAUGUACUAUGAAGAGUGCUGUCAGUAGUUAUGAUAGACAUCUCUUAAAUUACUAUUCUAAGGGUAGCUAUCCAUAAUUAGUAGCAGUAUAGUAGGAAGUUCUUGACCCAGCUGAUUCAUUCAAUUUAAUAUCUUUCAUGAACUGGCUAUACAUACUUACCCUUGACUUGAUCAUUUAAUAUUUUUCUCUCUUAUCCUUUACUAAUAGCUAAAAUAGAAAAAGCAAAUACAAAAUACAAAAGCAAAGAUUCUAGAUAUUUAAAAAUAGUGUUGCUGUUCUGGCUAAUGUUAGCCUCCUUUCAGAGCAUAAACUUGAAAACUAAAGCUCUAAAGAGAUUUACAUUUCUUUUCCCUUUUUACCUUUGAGGUAAGGGAUUUGUUUAGGAGUUCAUCUCAGUGGACUACUGAAUUUGGAAAGGAUAUCAAGUUAUAUCUACUUUGUGAAUUCUAUUUUUGUUUUUUUCUGUUCUAGAUUAUCAUGGAUUAGUCUGAAAUUUAAAAUUCUGACCAGUCUAUUUUCAUUUUUUCUUCUAGCUUUCACAAUGCUUCCACUGUGCGUAUACAAAAUGGCGAUUACAUGAUAAAUGUAUCAUACUGGUGUUGAUAAUUUAUAUUCAGAUAAUAUUUUGUUACAUAGUUUCCUUUUAUCUCAAAAGGGGAUCAAAAAAGCAAACAUUCAAAGUAUGCAGUUUUUAGAUGUUAGAGUGAUUAUAUGACUUUAUAUUUUGAAACAGAAGCAGUGGCAGGGUAACACUUAAGUGGUUAAAUGUAGUUUAUUUGUUCCAAUGACUGUAAAAUGUACCUCAUUUAUUUAUUAAUCUGGUCAUUAAAGUAUGUAUUAUGUAAUUAUCCUUUUUAUGCAUGAUACGCUUAUAAGAAUGCCUUGUUUCGUUUCUAUUGAUGGCCUUUUGGUUUGGGGCUGGUUUUGAUUAAUGCAGUUUCCCAAUUUAGUGUUUUUACUUUUUAUAACUCAAAGUAAAGUUAACUUCUCACAUGAUAACUGCUAUAUUUAAACAGUCCUGGAAAAACUAAUCAGCUUUUUGCUUCUUGCUUAAUGGUAAUCCCCUUGAUUCCUUGAUUCCAGGACACAGCUGAUCUAAAGUAAAGUACUCUGUCGGUUUUACCUUCACCAAGACUGUCAAGUUGAAAAGUACUUUACCUGUGGGAGAAAUCCUGUUGUGAGAAGUGUGAUCAUCCUCAAAGCCUGUUUCUACUACAUAAUGUGGACUGAUUAUUUUUUCUAUCACAGUAUUAACAAAUGGAUUUAUUGUAAAUACAAAGAAAAUAUAUUAAUUAAUAUACUAUUCUUAUGUCACUUUGCCUUUUGUGUGAAAUUAUUUAUUGUUAUUUCUAGCAAGGUUUUCUUCUUUUCUUAUUGACCAGAGGCUGAGUGAUAAAGCUUUUGUUAUUUUUACAGUUGAACUUACAACAUAGCCUUUUUGGACACAGUUCACUAAAUAUUGCUAUAUAAAAUGUAAUUGAGUAAAUUUUUAUCAAACUUUUAAAAAUCAAAGUAAGAGUGUGGACUCAGAAGAAGCCUCACUGUUACUCCAGUGUGUAUAUAUUGUACUUACUCUGUUCUCAGAGUAUUUUCCCUGUCUUUAUCAUUGAUUCUUUCCCUUUCCUGAUUAUUUUUUCUGUUAGAAAACUGUAACUGCCACUUAAGGUGGGAUAUCUUUUCUUCUCCCAAGAGAAUAGCCAGUCUUUCCAGAUUCAUCAUCAUUGACUGUCAAGAAAGAACCCUUCAGGCUGUACCCUAAAUGCAGUUGGCGGCCUGUAUUGACGGGGAUCCGCAGACUUGGCCUGAUGCCAGAUCUGGAGUCAAGCUUCAGCCACAUCUUGGAAAGAAGUACAUAGUAAUAACUACAAGAGGGUACAGAUGUGUAGUGGGGAGGUGAGCAAGCCACCUAGGGAGUUGACACACUGACUGAGACAUUCCCCUCUUAGUUAAAGGCCUCUCUCAGGAGCGCCAUUACUUUGAGUGUAAUAUUUCUAAGACACUUAAUAAAUGCAAACUGAGAGGUAAUAAUAAAUUGUACUGAAAAAACUUAAA